GUGUACGAUCCUGCUUCCGCAGAUGUCGAACGAAGGUGCUCGGCGUCUUCUUCCGCAUCAGCGGUCAGAUGCAGAGCGACGAUAUUCCAUCGCUUCCUCUCGCGCUGUGUCCAAACAUUUUUUUCGUCUUGUUCUCUUCUAGAGGUGAAUUUAGUGAGCUGUUAUCGCGUUAAUCUCACUUCGACGCUACUCAAACUGUAUUGUGUAUACGGGUAGCGGUUUAUCAUUCUCGCAUAACCGAGGAUCGAAUAGAAGGAGAUCAUGUACUUCCUAAAGGGUUCGAGGAAUGAUCGAUAAUCUCGUUUCGACCCACGUACGAUACGCUGUUUAUCCGGUGACUGCCGCUGUUUCAGCCGAUGCUAACUUACGGAAACAGCAACGGAUCGGCACCGGAUGCGGAAAACGGCUCACCGGCAGAUUCGCUGAUCUCUGGGGACGGCGAGAUCGGCGAUAUCGGAGAUUCACCCGGGACACCUCGGGACACCGAGGAGGAGGCGACUUUCUCCGAUGAGUUUUACUCUCACGACACCGACGACGAGGAUGAGCACGGCAAACGACGUCGGGCUACCAGCUCGCUCGACGGGAUUUCCGGAUCUGGAGGAAGUCGUCUGGGUUCCCCCGUACCUCGGACUGGAGGUCUAGGUGUUCGAAAGCUUUUUACCAACAGUCGCGAGCGCUGGAGGCAGCAGAAUGUUAGCGGAGCGUUCGCAGAACUGAGGAAACUGGUGCCGACGCAUCCGCCAGAUAAGAAACUGUCGAAAAAUGAGAUUCUGCGAAUGGCAAUUAGGUACAUAAGGCUCCUGAGCAACGUGCUUGACUGGCAAAAGAACCAAGAUCGAAACGGAUUGCAGUCAAGUUGCAAUUCUACGGUUACCGAGUUACGGGUGAAGAGCGAGCCGAUGUACCUUGGAUCACAUCAGACGAAACCCGGAAGCCCAGGGUUCUUCAAGCAAGAAAAAAUCACCAGCGACUCGACACCUGAUGGCGGUUACAAGCCGGCCUAUCCUGCUCAGCGACUUCCGGCACACACCUUUUUAACUUGCCAUAGACACGGAAACGACCUCCUAAUGAUCGCUCCGGUGGGUGCUGGGAAGGCGGGAAACAUCGCUGGAAGUAACGCCGCGAGAGAAAGAUCGGGGAAUCACUAUAAUUCUGCCAACGGAACAACGAACGGCUUGGCUUCCGCCAUUUUGAACAACAGCGCCAGGCAUAUCGGCUACGGGAAAUCCCCAGUCACCAAUGGUCCAGCCAUCUUGAGCAACGGGUCUGGUGUCGUUGCUGGAACUGGGACCGGAAGCGCUCAGGGCGGAGCAGUGAAUUCCGUAGGACAUAAACGGCUCAAAGUCGAAGCUGCUGACGAGGAUCAGGUCGUCCAGAACAAAGGACUUUCCCCUGUUAUAACGAACGCCAGGAAAAGAGCUCGGGUCAGUUUGACCAAAGAUAGCGCGGCUGCGUUCAGGACUUCAGAGUUUAAGAGUGUAAACAGGAAGUAGAAGGCGAAAACAAGAAAAG